GGUGUCCUAAAUCCAUCUAGGUCAGUUUUGCAAGAGGCCUUAAGUUUUCUUUACUCGGAGCUUGCAUCAGUUGGUUGCAUUAUCUCUGUAAGUGGAAGUAUUGCAGUUGCAAGGCAAAUAAGGUCCUGAGCUGCUUUUCCAGUAGGAAAGGGCAUGCUUCCAAGGCACCAGACCGUGCACCACAGGUUUUCCAGAUUUCCUUGGAGACCCGAGCAGGAACCUAACAAUUAAAUUCAGUUGUCCAGUCUAUUUUAUUUGUGGAGGGAGAAUCCAAGGCCAACGGGACAACCUUUGUUGCCAGAGGCUAACCUCACCAAUCAAUAAUUUAUAUUUGAAUAUUAAGAGCAGCAGUUCUUGGUGGGAGGGGCUAGACUGGGAGGCGGACACGGCCAGCAACGGUUUUCUCGAACCUUUCCCCCGCCCCCACUCCCUUGGUCCUUCUUUUCCUGUUUAUUUCCGGGACCUGGACUUCCAGAAUCGGGUGAGAGCAACUCGCGCUCGAGACCAACUCCUGUACCCUUCUACGUGAUCUGCACCUUUAAACUCGCUCCAUCCCAAACCGGACUCCGGAGGCACCACCCACAUCCGUCUAACAUCACUUCCUUCAGAGUUUGGAAAAAAAAAUUUUUUUCUGGGAACGCGAGGGGUUGGUUUGAGCCGCGCUUGGGGAGCGGUGCGCACCUCCUGGACUCCGGCCCUGUGUCCGCUCAGCGCAGUGGCCCGGCGCGCCUACUACCAUGGAGCUGCAGCCGCGACUCGGGGCCACCUGUUUGCUGGGCUUCAGUUUCCUGCUCCUCGUCAUCUCUUCUGAUGGACAUAGUGGGCUUGGAAAGGGUUUUGGAGAUCAUAUUCAUUGGAGGACACUAGAAGAUGGAAAGAAAGAAGCAGCUGCCAGUGGAUUGCCCCUGAUGGUGAUUAUUCAUAAAUCUUGGUGUGGAGCUUGCAAAGCUUUAAAACCCAAAUUUGCAGAGUCUACAGAAAUUUCAGAACUUGCCCAUAAUUUUGUUAUGGUAAAUCUCGAGGAUGAAGAGGAACCCAAGGAUGAAGAUUUCAGCCCUGAUGGGGGUUAUAUUCCACGAAUCCUUUUCCUGGAUCCCAGUGGCAAGGUGCAUCCUGAAAUCAUCAACGAGAGUGGAAAUCCCAGCUACAAGUAUUUCUACGUCAGUGCUGAGCAAGUCGUUCAGGGGAUGAAGGAAGCGCAAGAACGGCUGACGGGUGGAGCCUUCAGAGACAAACAUCUUGAACAUGAGUUGUAACUUGAACGUAUCCCUUCUUUCAUCAAAGUUAGCGUUCUGGAAGGAAAACAGCAGGGGAGGGGAUAUUGAGGAAUCACCCAGGACGAUUAAACCGCGCUCCUGUCUACACCGGGAGCAGCGCUCUCACUGUGGAAGAGUUCUGCUAACCAAAGCUGCUCUGCAUGUUUGCGGAUCUGGCAGACCCUGGCAGACUUUCUUCUCCUGCUCCCUCUCACCUAAAUGUCCAUCUGUCAUUGAAUGUAAAGAGUGAAAUCUUUUGACACAAAACUUGAGCCCCUUGGAGGUUUACUCCUCACAGUUGAGUAUUUGAGUCUUUUCCCACUUCCUCUCACUUUAUUCACCUUAGUGGUGAAAGGAGACCAGUAGCAUCUUUUCUACAAUGUUAAAAGUGCAGAAAUAGCUUAUCAAUUUAAAAAAACAACAACAAUAAAUCCUAAAUGUAAAUCAGUAAUUCUGCCCUCUAUCUAGGAGAACAGCCUGUUUUUUUUUUUUUUCCUCCUGGGAAUAAUUGUGGGCUUCUUCCCAAAUCCCUGCAACCUCCUUCCUCUUCUCUGCCUGGGCCUCCCUGUCUGCACGCACAUGUGUGCGGGAACGGCUGUGUGCAUGGACUCAGCUCCAGCUGGAAGCAUGCUUCCCCUCGUUACCAUUGGAGAAACUCAAAUCUUCCAGCCCUAGGUGUAGCCACUUUGUCAAGUCAGCAACUGUAUUUUUGUACUGAGGUUAAUAAAAAAGAUAAAAUAUUGUUCCAUUAAACAUUAAUAAAACUUUAAAAGGAA